ACAAAAUCAAAGUGCCGAGAAAGUGUGAAAGUUGAAGAAAGCCACGAGAUCUAGAAAAUAUAGCGAUCCAAGCUUUUUCCUCAAUUUUCUUCAGAAGAAGGAAUAUUCGAAGCUUCAUUUCAGAUCAGUGCUCUUUGGGGUGCUGCCGGAACAUUGUAAUCAAACAUCAUGGCAACGCCCAAUGCGACAUGUCUUGCACCAAUGAAGGCCGUGUCUAAUGGGGCGUUCCAACAUGAAAACCCUCUUGAUUUUGCACUUCCUCUUUUGAUUCUUCAAAUUGUUGUCGUUGUCACCUUUACUCGAUGCAUUGCUUUCCUUUGUAGACCCCUCAAACAACCCCGUGUCAUUGCUGAAAUCAUUGGAGGAAUACUACUAGGACCAUCAGCAAUUGGAAGAAGCCAAAAAUUUCUAGACACAGUUUUUCCAAAGAGAAGUUUAACUGUUCUUGACACACUAGCCAACAUUGGUCUUUUGUUCUUUUUGUUCCUAGUUGGUCUUGAGCUUGACAUGCGUUCAAUCCGUAAAACAGGUCAUAAAGCCUUAGGAAUUGCACUUUGUGGUAUAACUGUCCCUUUUGUUCUUGGAAUUGGAACAUCUGUUGCUCUUAGAGCCACAAUCUCCCAAGGUGCUGAACCAAUCCCUUUCCUUGUCUUCAUGGGUGUUGCUCUCUCAAUCACUGCAUUUCCCGUCUUAGCUAGAAUCCUAGCUGAGCUUAAACUCCUCACCACCGAUGUCGGUCGUAUAGCAAUGUCGGCCGCCGCUGUCAACGACGUCGCUGCUUGGAUACUUCUAGCCCUCGCCAUAGCCUUAUCCGGCAAUGACACGUCCCCGUGGAUUUCUCUUUGGGUCAUGCUAUCCGGCGCGGCUUUUAUCCUCUUCGCAGUGUUUGCUAUUAGACCUGUGCUUGUUUCUAUGGCUAGGCGUUCCCCUGUGGGUGAACCUGUGAAAGAGCUUUAUAUUUGCAUCACAUUGACAUUGGUUUUGGCUUGUAGUUUUAUAACUGAUACUAUUGGAAUUCAUGCCUUGUUUGGUGCUUUUGUGGUUGGUAUAAUUAUGCCAAAGGAUGGUCCUUUUGCUGGUGUGUUGAUUGAGAAGAUAGAAGAUCUUGUGUCAGGACUUUUCUUGCCACUCUAUUUUGCUUCCAGUGGUUUGAAGACUAAUGUUGCAACUAUUAGUGGAGGGGUUUCUUGGGCAUUACUAGUACUUGUUAUAUUCAAUGCUUGUUUUGGAAAGAUCGUUGGCACAGUCACAGUUUCAUUACUAUGCAAGGUUCCUUUUAGAGAAUCACUAGCACUUGGUUUUCUCAUGAACACUAAAGGCUUGGUGGAGCUUAUUGUUCUCAACAUUGGAAAGGAUCGCAAGGUACUAAAUGACCAAUCAUUUGCAAUUUGUGUUCUGAUGGCAUUGUUCACGACAUUCAUCACCACUCCUUUAGUGAUGGCAGUGUAUAAACCAGCUAGAAGAGGAGCACCAUACAAACACAAAACAAUUCAACGCAGAGACCUUGACUCAGAGCUUCGAGUGUUGGCAUGUUUCCACAGCACCCGCAACAUUCCUACACUAAUCAACCUUGUAGAAUCUUCCCGAGGAACCCGAAAGAGAGGAAGAGUUUGCAUAUACGCAAUGCACUUGAUGGAACUCUCAGAAAGAUCUUCAGCUAUCUCUAUGGUUCACAAAGCACGUAACAAUGGCAUGCCAUUUUGGAACAACAAACAGAACGAUGAAGAUCAAAUGGUCAUUGCUUUCCAAACUUAUGGAAAAUUGAGCAGCGUCAAUGUUCGUCCUAUGACUGCAAUCUCUGCUCUCAGUAACAUCCAUGAAGAUAUUUGUACUAGUGCUCAUCAAAAGCGUGCCGCCAUAAUCAUCCUCCCAUUCCAUAAACAUCAACGUGUUGAUGGAACAAUGGAGUCAUUAGGUCAUUCGUUCCAUGUAAUCAAUGAGCUUGUGUUGAGUCACGCACCUUGUUCAGUUGGAAUUUUGGUUGAUCGUGGUUUUGGAGGAACAAGCCAAGUUCAAGCGAGCGAUGUUUGUUUCAAAAUUGUUGUGGUUUACUUCGGAGGACGUGAUGAUAAUGAAGCACUUGCAUAUGGAAUGAGAAUAGCAGAACACCCUGGAAUCUUGCUCAGUGUUGUCAAAUUCAUGUGUCUACCAGGGAAAACAUUGUCAUUUGGUGCAAAAUUAAUCGGCAUAGCAUCAGACAAGAUUAAAAAAGUAGUGAUCGAUGAUGUUGAUGGAAGUACACAUAGCAAUGAUGGUACUAAAAACCAAGAUGAUCAAAUGUGGAAUGAGUUCUUCAAAGUAAAAAGCAACAAUGAAGAAUCAAUUAAGUAUGAAGAAAGGUUGGUUAACAGUAAAGGUGAUAUUGAAACAGCAUUGCAGGAAUUGAAUAGAAGUAAUUUGAUAUUGGUUGGUAGAAUGCCACCAGUAGCACCUUUGGUUUCUAAAAGUGAUUGUCCUGAGCUUGGACCUGUUGGAAGUUAUAUGGCUUCUUCAAGUUUCUCAACUACUGCAUCAGUUUUGGUCAUUCAACAAUAUAAUCCUUCUACUGACAUUCAUCCUUUAGUUAUGGAGGAAGCUGAUUGUGUAGAAGUACCAGACACACCAAGGUUAUAAUUCAUGUGCAUCUCAACAAAACCAGGAGUUAUCAUCUAUUGUUUGAUACCACAAGUAUCAUUCACAUUAACACUAUUUUCAUCAUUUACUCUUUUUCUGGAUCAAAUUCUUGUAAAGAUAGAUUUUUAAUAUGGUAUAAUUAACGGGAAUUUCAUUCAAUAAGAAAAUGAAUGAUACAAACAAAGUGUUGUUGGAGUUUAUGUGUUAUAUGUAAGAAGGUUGGGUUUUCAUUAUAAUCAAGCAUUUUAAUACAAAAUGCAGUUUGAUAUAAAUGUUUCUUCAUGUACCCCAUUGAAAAUAGAUGAAAUGAAAGGUGACUUCAAAAUUUUGUCCAAAA